AUGGGGUCAUCCGGCACAUAUCCAACAUUGGAAGACUUGCACUUCCCAUCGGCACAAACAUCAAUCUCACAGACUCUCUCUUCGCUGCGUCAAUCUGCUCUAUCCGUCUCCAACCGGCUCCGCUCCAUCGAGACUGAUGGGGCUUUUGUGCAUGAGGUGGCGGAGCAUUACAGCCUUCCACUUGUCGCCAAUGAACGCUGUGGUAGCUGGUAUAUCUCUCCGGAUACUAAAGCAGGGAUGAUGCCCGACGCCUUAUCGAAAACGAUCCCCAUUUGGUGUGCAGUAAUGAACCGAGCCCUUUUCCCGAAAGAAACGACGUAUCAUCCUGUCGCCUUGCCACCAAACUACCUUGGCAAAUCUGAAGAAUCACAAAUCGAGAACCGCAUCGAUGGCUUCGUCCAAUCGUUCAAAGCCCUCAACCUCGAUUUAGAUCACCUGCGAGAACAACUUGAGAAGCCUAUUCGCGUAGCAUGGGCCAAUCAUGAUUACUUCUAUCCUACAGAUUUGCAAAAGGCAGAUACAUAUCAUCUGUUCGUUCUGUGCUCCGCUUCAAAGCGCGUUCAUGGCGCCGAGAUGUCUGAGGGUGGAUAUAUCCAGGGUGCUGGUGAUGAUAGUGAAGGGUGGGCGCAUGGUCUGACGCCCCCUGUGUUCUGGGCAAACCAGGCUGUUUUGAAAGGCACCGUUGAGGAAGAUCUGCCUGGCCUGAUUACACAGUUGAUCUCUGAGUUCAAGCAGCAGCAACCUAGUCAGGAAGCGACACUUAUAUCUCCGACUCGUAAUCUCUACAUCAGUUCCACGGAUCCCAGUGUGAACGGCAGUAACAAGUACGAUCUUGUUAUCGACUGUAAUGGCGACGCUAAUGCCGAUCUGGAGAAUCCGAAACGACUCAAUCUAGGCUGCGCAUCAGCUAAACUGGGUAGUCGAGAUCUACGCAAAUCACUAGAUAAAGUGCGAGCCUUUGUCAAUGCCCAACUUGGGUCUGAAUCGUCUCGGUCUUUGCUGGUGACCUGCGACACUGGCAAAGAUCUCUCUGCUGGCGCUUUGUUAGCGAUUAUUUGCCAAUUUUACAAUGAUGACGGAGAAUUUGAUGCAUCGCUGAACAAACAGUCUAUCAGCAAGCAAUUCAUCCGUCAGCGCCUUGCAUGGAUCGUGUCAUCUAACCAUAAUGUGAACCCGUCGAGGUCGACAUUACAAUCGGUCAAUGCCUUUUUGAUGUAG